GCUGAAGAAACGAUUCGUCGGCAGUAUAUACAUAGAUAUGUUGAAAUUGGUGCCUGUGUUAAGUUCGUGUAGAAGAAAUAAUAAAAAGUUUCGCAUCCUUACAACCUUAAAUAUUGCAACACGACCUCGACAAGCAGAAAAACAACAACAACAGCCAAGCUUGCCACACGGGUGCAGCUAUCGGUGCUACGCAACUUUGGCGUCCAAAAUGAAGAAAGAGAAGAAGGAAAAGCCUGCUGCCGGCGGCGGCGAUUCUCGCAAAGAACUCAACCCUUUGCCGCAGUACAUCGAAGAGCGGAAUGUGUUUUGGGAGAAAUGCAAGGCUGAAUAUUUGGCGGAAUUAGCUGCAAAGCCGCGUUCACCCAUCAAAAUAACACUGCCUGAUGGCAAACAGGUGGAUGGCACCAGCUGGGAAACAACGCCCUAUGAUGUGGCUCGCGGCAUUAGUCAAGGUCUCGCUGACAAUACAGUUAUCUCCAAAGUUGAUGGUAUUGUGUGGGACUUGGAUCGGGUACUGGAAGGCGAUUGCAAGCUCCAGUUGCUCAAAUUCGAUGAUCCGGAGGCACAGGCGGUUUUCUGGCACAGCUCGGCGCACAUAAUGGGUGAAGCCAUGGAGCGUAUCUACGGUGGACACUUGUGCUAUGGACCCCCCAUAGAUAGUGGCUUUUACUACGACAUGCAUCUGGAUGGCGAAGGCAUCUCCACCAAUGACUAUGGCGCUAUAGAGUCUGUGGUGAAGCAAAUCGUGAAGGAGAAGCAAACCUUCGAGCGUUUGGAGAUGAAGAAGUCGGAUUUGUUGGAAAUGUUCAAAUACAAUGAGUUCAAGCUGCGCAUUUUGAAUGAAAAGGUGGAUACUGAUCGUACUACAGUGUACAAAUGCGGUUCACUGAUUGAUUUGUGCCGCGGCCCCCACGUGCGUCACACCGGUAAGGUGAAGGCCCUAAAAAUCACCAAAAACUCAUCCACCUACUGGGAGGGCAAGGCCGAUGCGGAAACGUUGCAGCGCGUUUAUGGUAUCUCGUUUCCAGAGCCCAAACAACUCAAGGAAUGGGAGAAACUACAGGAAGAGGCGGCUAAGCGCGAUCAUCGCAAGAUCGGUCGCGAACAGGAGCUAUUCUUUUUCCACGAAUUGUCGCCGGGAUCCUGUUUCUUUCAGCCACGCGGAGCGCACAUUUACAAUACACUAAUGAACUUCAUAAAGGCCGAGUACAGAAAGCGCGGCUUCCAAGAGGUGAUCUCGCCCAACAUCUACAAUGCCAAACUGUGGAUGACAUCCGGCCAUUGGCAGCAUUAUUCCGAGAACAUGUUCUCCUUCGAGGUGGAGAAGGAGAAAUUUGCACUGAAGCCCAUGAAUUGCCCCGGCCACUGUUUGAUAUUUGAUAACCGCAAUCGUUCCUGGCGUGAGUUGCCCCUGCGUAUGGCCGAUUUUGGUGUGUUGCAUCGUAAUGAGCUUUCAGGGGCACUCACUGGCCUGACACGCGUGCGCCGCUUCCAACAGGACGAUGCGCAUAUAUUUUGUGCGGCCGAGCAGAUUAAGGAGGAGAUAAACGGGUGUUUGGACUUUUUACGACACGUCUACACCAUCUUUGGCUUCACCUUCCAGCUAGUUCUGUCCACACGUCCUGAGAAAUAUUUGGGCGAGCUGGAGCAGUGGAAUACUGCUGAGAAGGCGUUGGCUGAAUCGCUAAACGAGUUCGGCAUGCCCUGGAAGGAGAAUCCUGGUGAUGGCGCCUUCUAUGGCCCCAAAAUCGACAUUACCAUCACGGAUGCCCUUAAGCGAGCCCAUCAAUGCGCUACCAUUCAACUGGAUUUCCAACUGCCCAUUCGCUUUAAUCUGAAUUACGUUGCCGAUGAUGGCGAAAAGAAACGACCGGUCAUCAUACAUCGCGCCAUUCUCGGAUCAGUGGAGCGCAUGAUUGCCAUUUUAACAGAGAACUAUGCUGGCAAAUGGCCUUUCUGGCUGUCGCCGCGACAAGUAAUGGUGGUGCCUGUGGGUCCAGCCUAUGACGAAUACGCUCAGCAAGUUCGCCAGCAACUCCAUGCAGCCGGAUUCAUGAGCGAGGCGGAUUGCGAUGCCGGCGACACCUUAAACAAGAAGAUACGAAAUGCUCAGCUCUCGCAGUUUAAUUUUAUACUGGUUGUUGGCGAAAAGGAGCGCUCCUCCAGCACUGUUAACGUUCGCACUCGCGAUAAUAAGGUGCACGGCGAAGUAUCCAUUGCCGAACUCAUUACCAAGCUGCAGAAGAUUCGAGACGACUUCGUCACAAAUGAGGACAACUUCUAACCCUAAUAAUUUAUAAUCAACUUUGCAAAGCAAGCUGAUAGCAUUUUUCAAUUUUAUUUACGCUUACCAAAAACCUCAAUAAAAUAUAACCUCAACAUGUUUGAAGACAA